UGAACAUAGGAGCAAAGUUUCUUUCGACCCACGUGUGCACCACCACACCACAGCACAGAACACACACGCACACAACCACACACGCACACAAGCACACACACAUACACACACAAGCACAACAGACAGGGAUGGCCAGGACAAAGGGCAAGAAGGGCAAGCGCACCGCACAGGCGGCUGCAGGCGCUGAAGAGAAGAAGGAAAAGAUCCAACAGCAGCAAGCAGUGGAGGAGGCCACCGUCGCAUCGGCAGCCGCUGGAUCCGCCAAGCGAGCCAAGAAGACAACCACAGCCAACAAGACAAAGCAGGCCAAGAAGAAGGCGACAGCAACAGCAACAACAGCAACAACAGCAACAGCAACAACAGCAACAGCUACGGAGAACGGCAGCCCUGCUCAGGAGAUUGCCGCUGUUGAGGACAGCGGCGCGCAGCCUGCUGCGAAGAAGGCGAAGACGCAGGUGAAGAACAACAACAACAACAACAAGAAGAGCGCCAAGGGGAACACCCCAGCCACCAAGCACAAGCAGGCACAAGGCAAGAAAGCGCAGCAGACCAAGGCUGCCAAGAAGCAGACAAAGCAGCAAAAGGACAAGAACAAUACAAAGGAUGAGAUCAUCAAGCUGAAGAUCAAGAAGACCAAGAAGAGCAAGGGCAACACAGUGCGCCCCACCCCUCCAAACCGGGCCGUUGUCUACUUGAGCCACAUCCCCUAUGGCUUCUUUGAGCCGCAAAUGAACAAGUUCUUCUCCCAGUUUGGUGCGGUCACCCGCCUCCGUCUCUCCAUCUCGCCAAAGUCGGGUCGCUCGCGCGGUUAUGCGUUUAUUGAGUUUGAGAACGCCGAGGUGGCGAACAUUGUCGCUCAGACCAUGAACAACUACCUCCUCUUCAACCGCGUCCUCAAAUGUCGGGUGGUGCCUCCGGAGAAGGUGCACGACCAGCUGUUCCGCAGCCCGCGUCGCGUCGAUAUGGCCAGGGUGCAGCGCAGCAAGCACAACAAGGUGCGGGUGCCCUCGGAGUACGCGGCCAUGGCCAAGCGCAUGCGCGCCAAGGGGAAGAAGCUGCGCCAGGUGCUCGCCGCGUAUGGGGUCAAGUACGACAUUGACGCCGUCACUGUCAAGGCACAGGCCGCCGCGCCAAAGACCUCUGAAACAGCCGCUGUGAAGGAGGGCAAGAAGGCGACAAAGCAGAAGACCAAGGGAGAGGGGAAGAAGGAGAGCAAGAAGCAAGCCACGCAGCAGAGCGAGGAACACAAGGCGAACGAGACGAAGAAGCAGGAGGGCAAGUCGGCAGCAGCAACGCCAGCAGCGACCAAGAGCCGCAAGAAUAACGCACAGGCGGACAAGGCCGUGAAGGUGAUGAAGGAGGUGAACACCCCAAUCAAGGCAGCCAAGAAUGCCAACAAGACCCCAGCCAAGACACCUGCCAAGACCCCAGCCAAGACCCCGGCCAAGAAUGCCAACAAGACACCUGCCAAGGCAGCCAAGACACCUGCCAAGAACCCAGCCAAGACACCUGCCAAGACACCUGCCAAGACCCCGGCCAAGAAUGCCAACAAGACUCCUGCCAAGGCAGCCAAGACACCUGCCAAGACCCCGGCCAAGACCCCCGCCAAGGCAGCCAAGACACCUGCCAAGACCCCGGCCAAGACCCCCGCCAAGGCAGCCAAGACCCCCGCCAAGACCCCGGCCAAGGCAGCCAAGACACCUGCCAAGACCCCAGCCAAGAAUGCCAACAAGACACCUGCCAAGACCCCGGCCAAGACCCCCGCCAAGGCAGCCAAGACACCUGCCAAGACCCCGGCCAAGACCCCCGCCAAGGCAGCCAAGACCCUCGCCAAGACACCCGCCAAGGCAGCCAAGACCCCCGCCAAGAAGGCAAAGAAGACGCCAAAGAAGGCACUGUAA